AGCCCUGAAAUUCCUUGAGGCAUCUAGAUUUAAAACAGCAGAAAAGCUGGCUAUGUCAAGGGUGCCAACUCCUCCUCCACCUGGAGAGAUGUCUAGUGGGCCUGUGGCAGAGAGUUGGUGUUACACUCAGGUAAAAGUGGUAAAGUUCUCUUACAUGUGGACCAUCAAUAACUUUAGCUUUUGUCGAGAAGAAAUGGGCGAAGUAUUAAAGAGUUCAACUUUUUCAUCUGGGCCAAAUGAUAAAAUGAAGUGGUGCCUCAGAGUAAACCCAAAGGGUUUAGAUGAAGAAAGCAAAGACUACCUUUCCUUAUAUUUGCUUUUAGUUAGUUGUCCAAAAAGUGAAGUUCGAGCUAAGUUUAAAUUCUCUUUGUUGAACGCAAAAAGGGAAGAAACAAAAGCUAUGGAAAGUCAAAGAGCAUACCGAUUUGUCCAGGGCAAGGACUGGGGUUUCAAAAAAUUUAUCCGUAGAGACUUUCUUCUAGAUGAAGCAAAUGGUCUUCUUCCAGAUGAUAAACUUACACUGUUCUGUGAAGUGAGUGUAGUUCAAGAUUCUGUUAAUAUAUCUGGUCAAUCAAAUAUGAAUACACUAAAAGUUCCAGAAUGUCGGCUGGCUGAUGAUUUGGGAAAUCUGUUGGAAAGUUCUAGAUUCACGGACUGCUCCCUUUACGUGGGUGGACAAGAAUUCAAAGCUCACAAAUCAAUUUUAGCAGCACGAUCUCCAGUUUUUAAUGCAAUGUUUGAACAUGAAAUGGAAGAAAGUAAGAAGAACAGAGUAGAAAUAAAUGAUGUGGAUCCUGAGGUGUUUAAGGAAAUGAUGAGAUUUAUCUACACAGGAAAAGCACCAAAUCUCGAUAAGAUGGCUGAUAAUCUGUUGGCUGCAGCAGAUAAAUACGCACUAGAUCGCUUGAAGGUUAUGUGUGAAGAAACCUUGUGUAGUAACCUUUCAGUCGAAAAUGUGGCAGAAAUUCUCAUUCUUGCAGAUUUGCACAGUGCAGAACAGCUGAAAGCACAAGCAAUAGACUUCAUUAACAGAUGCAGUGUUCUCCGACAGCUUGGGUGUAAAGAUGGAAAAAACUGGAGCAACAACCAUGCCACAGAUGUGAUGGAGACAGAAGGCUGGAAGUCGAUGAUUCACUCCCACCCUCAUUUAGUUGCAGAGGCCUUCCGAGCAUUGGCGACUGCACAGUGCCCACCAUUUGGUAUUCCACGCAAACGGUUAAAACAGUCAUAAUUACACUAGAGGACUUAGGUACUGAUCUCGCUACUGACUUUUGCGUAAAGGUAUUUGUACCUUGCACCCAUACAGGAUAAACUCCUCGUUUGCAUACAGAGGUCACGCCUGAACUUUAACUGUCUUUAAUUGCUCUGCUGAAGGAUGUGUUCCGGUAUGGUCUUCAGCUUUAAAUUAGUUUACAUGCUUUUCUCUCAGCCACUUAAACAGCCUUAAAUGAUUUUCAUCCUUCCUGUUCAGUUCACGUGAUUUUAAGUUUUUUUUUAAAUUAAUGUGUGCCUUGUCGUUAGACCAGGCUGUGCAGAAUUGCAUCAGCAGCCAUAUUGCAAAGCCUUCCAUUGAAUAACUGAGAAAGGCAAAAUAAGUCUUUAACACUUUUCUCAAUAACUACUCUCUGUACAAAAUUAUGGUUGAUAUCCAAGGAAAUUAAUCGAUCUGAGCCUGAUUGGCCAGUUAGGAGCAAUAUUGCAUGUGAUUUGAUGACUAUCCCCAACCCACCUUUGCAUUAUGCAUGCUGUUGAAAUUCUGCAUUACAGCCUGAAAGGGAUGUACCAUUCAAUAGCACAUGUCCUUAAUGGCCAGUGGUAUAUGAAGUACAUGGUUGGUUUGUGAACCACCAUUUUCUUUUUCAGUGUUUGUAUACCUUGUUUACAGUUUGGAAUUUCUACUGUACAGAUUUUUUUUUUGAGGGUUAAAUUCACAUUUUUGGCAGAAAUGUUAAAGACCUUUGUUACAAUUGUGUGAAAAUGGUUUGUAAUGUUCAGCAACCUUCUAGAACUUGAGAUCACAUCAUAGCUAAAAUCAAAACACUAUAUCUUCGUGCUACCAAUGGACCCAAAACAAUGGAAUAGUCCAGCAAUCCACAGUGCAACAGUGUGAAACUUGAAUAAUGGAAGAGCAUUUCUGAAGACUACCCAUUUGAAACGCGUAAUAAAGAUGUUAAGACACUGAAGGUCACCUGAUCAAAUUAGUUUUCCCAAAUAUACUUACGAUGUUUCUAUCCCUUUUACAAUUAAAAGAAAUUUCUUGGGAAUUUUCUCCUCUGCCCUUCUCUCAUGAAGGCGCUGAAUCUUUGGGAUCCAAGUCCAGGGGUGCUGGUCGCCCUCCAGUAUCUCAUCCAAAUGGCUGUUAUUCGUGUGUGAGUGUCAUACGGGUAUUUAACCGCAGGGGACAUCACAGACGAGCUUAACACUAUCCUCGCCUGACGUCAAUACGUGCACUUCCAGUGGGGCUGUUGGAUAGUGAUCAGAUGUGAAAACCCUGGUGAUUUUCCAUUCCCCUACCCCAGCUGGUGCUGAGACCAUUGAAACACCCUAAUUGAUGCCCCAGCUAAGAUCACUUAACUCAGCACAGACUAAGAAUCGAAACUGAGAUCUUCCAGGUACUCACUGGAUAAUUAUGCUGAGCCUCUGGGGAAGGUAGCCCUUUUAAGAAUGAAUAGGUAUUGUUAUCAAGUCAUUUGUCUGAGACACUGUGCUAAGGUAACACUGUAGAUUUUGUAGAAAACUCCAGUUUCAGCACAGUGAUUUGCAAUGCCUCAAAUUGACUUUACAUAGCAAUUGAUUUGCUUAUGUUUUGCUAUUUUAUUUAUUAUGCAUCAAUAUAUUUCAUAAAGCUUAUGUUACGUUAGAGAAACUUUGUAAGACUUUAUAAAUGCAAUUGAAUGCACUAAUUUGUAACAGCGUUCAUUUCUGUAGACUAUUGUUUUGUGAAAAUCAUUUUUGUUAGACAAAAGAACUCAACUAUUUUUAAAAAUGGAGGUAAAAGAAGCUGAUGGGUUUAAGUUAUCAAUGUAUCUGUUUACUGUCAUAUCACAAAUUCAGAAAGUAUGGUUGCAUGAACUACACACCAUUAAAAUUUGAAUAAAAACUUAAAAUGA